GACUCUUAUUUUUUGUUCUCGACUGGCUCUUGUCAGAAAAUAAUCCUCUUGGAUCGGCCCCUCUCCUGGAAGAGAAACGCUGUGUUAGUGAUGAGCACAGGCAGGGUAAUCAGAACUGAGGGUUUUUUCUGGAUGUCGAAUGUGGACAAUGAAACUGGGGGUCAGUCCCAGGACUUAGUCCUGCAGCCUUUUUGGGACUACCUCCAUCAGAACCACCAUGACCUCCUGAGAAGCCCUCUCUUCCCUGUGGUCCUCUCUGUCACCACCUACUUCUUCCUGGUUGGUCUUUACACUGUGUUGGACUUGCUGGCUCCCACCUGGCCCUGCAUCAACCGCUACAGGCUCCACCCUGAGAGAGCAGUCACCUGGCCUAACAUCUGGACUACGCUGAGCAUCACCAUCUACAACCACCUGCUUUACAUCUUUCCCGCUGCAGUGGCUCAGUGGCUGUGGAGGCCGCCCACCCCACUGCCGCCUGAAGCACCCACUCUCUGGAGCUUCUUCCUGGGCAUCCUGGGCUGCAUGGUGGUCUUUGACUUCCAGUAUUACCUGUGGCACCUGCUGCACCAUCGGAUUCCCUGGCUGUACCGCACCUUCCACGCCGUGCACCACCAGUACAACCAGCCCUUCAGCCUGGUCACCGAGUACCUGUCCGGCUGGGAGUUGUUCUGCGUGGGCUUUUGGGCGACGGUGGACCCCAUCCUGCUCCGGUGCCACUGCCUCACAACAUGGGGCUUCAUGGUGUUCAACGUGUACGUCUCCACCGAGGACCACUGCGGCUAUGACUUCCCAUGGGCCGUGCAUAACCUGGUGCCCUUUGGCCUGUGGGGGGGCGCACCCAAGCACAACGCACACCACCAGCGUCCCGCGACUAACUUUGCCCCGUUCUUUGCACACUGGGACUGGCUGGCAGGAACCCACACCAUGCCAGCUCUGUCCGACCACUCUGUCACUGCAGAGCCAGACGAGCUUAAGGGGAGUGAAGACUGA